AUGGGUCGAAUUUCAGGAGAAUGGGAUGAAGCUCCACGAUCCAUCGAGCUACUACAAUAUGAUGGAAGAGGACAGGGUGACAAUGCGUUACGUCAGGCCAGAGUUGGACCCCAGAUGUCAUUCCAAAAGCAACCAAAUCCUCCUAGUUUAAUUCGGAAAGAUACUGUUGAAGAUCCAUUCGACUUUCCGUCACAUGUCAAUCGGGUGCUGUUAAACAAACUCUAUAGAUUCAUCAAAGGCAGGGAUCUAGGUGCAUUGACGGCUAAGGAGUGCCAUGAAAACACCACAUUGGCCAAAUACUGGUUGAAAACGAAACAAAAAUCUGUUCCAACACGUGAUUCUUGGGAGAAAUUCUAUGCAGAAAUUGGUAGUUGUAGUGUAUACAAUGACGAUCGACUAGUUGAUGAUCUACUUACGGAUUUAAAUCAGGCUGUAAUUAAGGCGGUACAUAUCAUGGAUGGUGGAACACAGGCGAAGUUGGUCUUUACGUUUGAGAACGACAAGCAGGCGGUUUUCAAGCCGAUGAGAUUUGGCCGCGAUUAUGAAUCAGAUCCAAAUCAUUUCUACUUCAGUGACUUUGAACGGCAUAACGCCGAGAUUGCCACAUUUCAUCUGGACAGAGUUCUGGGAUUCCGACGUGCAGUCCCAACUGUGGGACGAAUCGUCAACAUGACAUCUGAACUGUUCGAUAAGGCCGAGAAGAAACUGAAGAAAACGUUUUUCAUCUCACCAGCGAAAAAUCACUGUUUCGUGUCACGAUGCGAUUAUUACUGUGAUACGACGCAUGCGAUUUGUGGUCUACCAGAUUUGAAAGAAGGAUCGGUUCAGGUGUUUUUACCCGACGAAGGUGUCGUACCACGUCGACACAAUCGAAGCCCCUAUCGGAGGUCAGUUUUUAUCGAUAUCACCCUGAUUUCGUAUUCCUUCCUAUGUAUCGAUUGA